UGGUUGACCCUACCUUAGCAGAAAUGGGAAAGAAUCUCAAUGAGGCCAUGAAGCUGCUUGAAGACAAUCAAAGGAAAGUUGAAGAAGAGAAUGAAAAGAACUACACAAGAAAGGAUAUUCCUGGGCCACUUCAAGGCAGUGGACAGGACAUGGUGAGCAUUCUCCAGCUAGUCCAGACACUUAUGCAUGGAGACGAAGAAGAAGAGUCACUACAGUCUUAUCGGCUACAAAACGUGGGGGAGCAGGGACACAUGGCUCUCUUAGGACACAGCUUGGCAGCUUAUAUUUCCAUCCUGGACAGGGACAGACUGAGAAAACUUACUACCAAAAUCCUUUCUGACACAACUCUGUGGCUCUGCAGGCUCUUCAGGUUUGAAAACGGGUCAGCCUACUACCACGAAGACGAUCGCGAAGGGCUUUUGAAAGUCUGCAAGCUGGCGAUUCACUCCCGCUAUGAAGAUUAUGCCGCCGAAGGUUUUAAUGCUUUAUAUAACAAGCAGCCCAUGGUGUACAUCAGUGCUGCGGCGAGAACUGGCUUGGGCCAAUUCCUCUGUAGUCAGCUUGGCUUGCCUCUUUCCUGUAUGUGCCGAGUGCCGUGUAACACAAUGUUUGGCUCCCAGCAUCAAAUGGAUGUCGCUUUGUUGGACAGACUGAUCAAGGAAGACCUUGAAUCUGGAAGGCUGCCUGUAUUACUGGUGGCCAAUGCUGGCACCCCUGGGGCAGGGCACACGGACAAACUCGGUCGAUUGAGGGAACUCUGUGAGCAACACGGCAUGUGGCUCCACGUCGAAGGGGUGAAUCUCGCGACUCUGGCUUUGGGUUACGUCUCGUCUUCCAUACUGGCAGCCACCAAAUGUGACAGCAUGACACUUACACUCGGACCCUGGUUGGGUCUUCCAGCAGUGCCAGCAGUGACUCUCUAUAGACAGGAGGAUCCGUCGUUGUCGCUAGCAGCAGGCCUGACCUCCAGCCAGGUGGUAGAGAAACUGCGUGCUCUGUCCCUCUGGCUCUCCUUGCAGUAUCUUGGCCACGAUGGAAUCGUGCAGAGAAUUAAGCAUGCCUCCCAACUGAGUCAACGGCUACUGGAGAACCUGAAGAACCAAGAUUUUAUUCGAACCUCAGUUGAAGAUGAAUUUAGUUCUCCUGUGGUGGUGUUCAAGUUUUCGCCAGAAAAGUCGCAUAUAGAUCAGAUGCUAUACGCUGCGCAACCGUCUUCGGUCACCGGGAACGAGAGGGACGUUGGUGAUACCUUUAACCAGUGGCUUGGAGAACAGUUGGCGCAGUUGGUCCCUGCCAGCGGGGUGGAUCUGGUUGAUCUGGAGGACGAAGGCACCUGUGUGCGUUUCAGCCCUUUAAUGACUUCUGCAGUUUUAGGAACCGAAGUUCAAGACGUGGAUCAGUUGAUGGACUGCUUAAAAAUGAAGGUCCCGGUUUUGAACUGCACUUUACAGCUGAGAGAGGAAUUCGAGCAGGAAGUGAAAAGAACCGUUGGCUUGUCCUACGUGGAAGAUUUUACCUGGCCCGGCCUUGGGGUGGUCAGGUAUGUGGGUUCUGCCGAAACAGGGUAUAAGGGCCAAAAUGAAGAAACGCCAGAGAAAGACAUGGAGAAGAUAAACAGCGGCCUUCUGAAGAAGCUCAACGAACUGGAAUCAGACCUGUUAUUUUCUUUAGGGCCAGAAUUUGGAGCGGAGAAAAACUGCAUUUACAUUGGAAUGGUCAACGAGGAUCUCGAUGUCUCUGAAUUGGUGGAAACAAUUGCAGCUUCCGGUCGCGAAAUUGAAGAAAAUUCAAGGCUUUUGGAGAACAUGACCGAGGUUGUUCGAAAAGGCAUCCAAGACGCACAGGUUCAGCUGCAAAAAGCCAACGAGGAACGCCUUCUGGAAGAGGGUUUGCUUCGACAAAUUCCUGUGGUGGGUUCUGUCGUGAACUGGUUUUCUCCAUUCCACGCCUCGCCAAAGGGACAAACCUUUAACCUAACGGCAGGUUCUUUGGAAUCCACAGAGACAACAUACAUAUCCAAAGCCCAGGGCACAGGGAUUACCCCACCUCCAACUCCCACAUCAAGCCGUGCUAAACAGAAGUUCCCUGGACAAAAGCUGUUUAAACGGGCCGGGAGGAACUCGGAUGGGGUCAGCGAGACCAGCUCAGUGAGCCAAGCGACUGACUUGGACCGAGGAGAAUUCGCAGCUUCUCCCCUCCAGCCGGAGAACGCCGAGCCAUCGAGCGAAAGCACGCCGCCUCUCCCUGAGGUAACGACGAGCGUUUCCCCCGGCACAAAAUCUCAGGCCCCGGGAAACGACCAUCCGCUAUCUGAGGAGCGAGAGACCCUUAGAUAAAAAAAAACCAGGGCUCGGUGCAAAUAAGACUUUUGCGCAGGGGUUUAAAAAAAAGAAAGAAAAAGACAAAAAAAGAAAAGCGCACUUCGCUCCAGAAGAGAAACGGAACGACACGCUUAAAAUGUGAACCGUGCCGGAGGUAGUCAGUACGAAUUGCUAUUCGUGUGUGAUUGGCUGAAGAUUUUGCACAAAAAUUAGUGGAAGGCUGCUCUCUCUCUCUCUCUUUACUUGUCUGCUUGGUUCUGAUUCAUCUCGUUUGUCCUGCACACCCGUUUAGUGUCAAGGUUGGAUCUGGGGUGGCUUAGGAGCAAUUAUUUCCCUUCUUAGCAGGGAACAUGCAAGAAUUAGGAGUCCCCCCCCAAAAAAAAUGCCUGAUAUUUUUUUUUUAAAUUAAAUUAACAAGUUGCUUGGCACAGACUUUCCUUGGUUUUCUAAAUUGGAUUGUACUCUCUGCUAGGAUUAAACUAAUUUAGUUCCUGUUUGCUGAGCCCACCAGCUGCUGGCUAUUUUUAUUUAUCAAAGUGUUUAAACUAUUUUUCAACGUCUGGCUGCCUUUUACUGUUUAACGUGGCACUCUUUUUUUGGGGGGGGGGGGGGAUUAAGUUGCUUUCAGAUUCCCAAAUCUUUGCCUUGACAGACUUACCGUCCACUCCUUUUCAGCACUGUUGGUGGACGAAAAAAGGGAGAACAAGAUUUUGCCUUUCGCAGGGUUGUAAGAGUUGGCUCAGGUAGCUUUAGACGUUCCUUUGCUAGAGCCAAACUUACUGGUGGUUUUAAAAACCCAAUUUGAAAAGGUUUGCUUUGAAAGGACAUCCAUCCUUAUUAGCCAAGGCUGCCUUUUUGGGCAGAUAGCAAUACAUCAAGACUGGCAUAUGCCAUCGGUGGCAUAUUGGGUGUUUUUCCCCUUGCUGUUCCCCUAGCUUUUCUCAUAGGUUGGUUGCAUUUGUUAAAUAUUGUAAAUAUUCAGAGAAAUUAGCUUAUUGUGCAGUGCUACACUAUGGGAAAGAAACACACACACUGAGCUGAUUUGGGUUUUAAAAGUCAAGAGUAAAUAUUCAAGUGUUAAUUCUUCGUCUAGGUGAUUAAUUAUGCCUCCCCCCCCCCCCCCCCGAGACAUUUAGCUCUUUCUCUGUUAAACAGAGCAACUUGGUUUCCCUAAGAGACUUUGCUGCACUUGGUAUUUCUUCCCCUAUUCAUGUUCUGAUUUUGUUUCACACGCACACACAUACACUUCUUUGAGCAACGUUUCUCUACAGUACCAAUUCCCCCGAUCUGCUGCUAUCUGGGCACAUCGGAAAGGUUUCCACUCAGAAACCAAGAAUCUGGGGAAAUGAAAUUGAACAUCCUAAGACAGCAACAGUUGGGGAAUGCUGUGGCAUUUAAUAAGAGUUCAAUUUAGAAGUAAUUAAUCCAUAAAGCUAGCGUAAGUGAAGGAACUUUAUUGUCCGCAAUUGAAGACAUCGAUUUUAUUCUAACACAGAUAAUAACAGUUAAGGAAUGGUGUUCUCAAAAUCAUUUUUUGGGUGGUGGUGGUGGUAAUAUAAUCCAAUGUUGUAAGGCAUCCUAGCAGAAGAAAAUGCCAUUCCCUCAACCACAACAAAAGGGAGAGUCUAAAAGAGACUCACGUGGUCGUAAUUGUAGAAAUUACUAAUUUGGAAAUGGGAGAGUUUUCUGCUUUGAAAGCCAAGGCACGAUUCACAUCCCUUAUGGAGGUCUCACUAAACUAGAUCUUACAGUGAAUGCUAGAAUUUUCUCCUCUUCUAACGAGGAUCUUCUACCCUUUGCAUUCAAGUGGGCAUUAAGAGUUCAAGUUUUGCUUAAUAUUAUUUAUAUGGAGGUUGAGAGGAAAUGAUCAUCAGAUCUAGUUUAUCUAGAGUAACCAGUUUCUUGAAACCCAGCUAGAACUUGAUUGAGGCUCUUCCAUGGGUACCGCAGCAAUGGGCUUUAAUGACCAAAAUGUUUGUUAAAGGUUAACAACAGAUUGUUCUUUCUUGAUUGAGGAUUAUCACUGGUUAAAUGUACAGUUAACUUCCAACUAUUAAGGGUUGAUUUUUCUAAAGUGCAAAUUUAAUUCCUGUCUUCCUUUUGACUGUUUAUUUAGUGCAAUGAUUUAUAUUAACUUGGGUUCAUGAGGGG